AAAAAAUGCAGGCAUAUAUAUAUAAGAAGCAGCCAUGUUAGAGCACGGGUACAACUACAACAUAGUCAAGUUCAAGAAAAUGAAGAAGAGCCUUGCUGCAAGCAUCGGGAGCAGCGGCCGGCUGUCGGCAGAUGACGAGGACGACGACGAGGCGUCGAAGAUGGCGAUAGCAUCUUAUCAAGCGAGGGAAGAGGAGAUUGAGAGGAGGAAAAUGGAGGUGAGGGAGAGGGUGGAGUCUCAACUCAGUCGUGCAGAAGAAGAAGCAAAGCGUUUGACACAAGUUUGGGAGGAGCUGGAAGUGUUCACAGAUCCAAUGAGAAAAGAUGUGAGCAGUGUGCGGAAAAGACUAGACAUGGCCAACCGUGAUCUCAAAUCUCUUCAACAGAUCUGCCAAAAGAAAGAGAAAGAAUAUAAAGAAGCAAUGGAAGCUUUCCAAGAAAAGAGCAAAGAGAAAGCACAGCUGACCACUGCCCUUAUGGAGUUGGUGAAUCAGAGUGAGAAUUUCAGAAUGAAGAAGCUGGAAGAGCUCAGCAAGAUUGUGAACUUGAAAGCACAAAAUACUUGAAAAAUGUUAUGUUUUUUCCUUUCUAUUUUAUAGUCAAUGCAGCUUUUCUUGCCAAGUAUGUCAAAGUAUUUAUGUCAGCACGGAUGCAAUAGACCAGGUUGUUAGACAAGUAAAAGAGUCGUCCCAUUUGGCUGUAACGAUCCAAUAACAUAAAUCCAAUCGUGCCAUAAGUGUCACGACUCUGUAGCACUAUAGCUAAGCACAUCGUGUCCGAACCAAGGGUAUACAGGAUACUAGUUAAAGAUGUUUAAGUUGAUGGGAUUUUCAUA